AUGUCAACAAGACCAGGCGUACUGCACCCGAGCCUCAGGAUUUUGCGCUUUACAGCACUUCUUGGUGACCCCGUAUCGAAUAAAAGAAAUAAAGGAAUCACUCUCGAUGUAGGAUAUCUUUCAAGUCAAGUCAAAUCUCGAAUAGCACAAGCACAGACAUCAAAGCUGCUGUUGGCCCGUGCGAUUGCCCGUAUCGCGUCUGGAAUGUCUGCGGAAUCGUCCAUUUCCCCAGUUGCCUUAGACCCUCAUAAGUCAACUCCUCUUGCAAAGCAAGGUACCGGUGACUGCUUUAGCUUUCACUCUCAUUCCAUGGGACCGCCUUCAACACAUAAGCCGACCCACCUCUGCCAUAGCAGCAUUCAACCAUCUAAGAAAGAUGUUCUGUUUGGCUGGAGAAGACGUCUACCUCAACUACAAGGGUUCUGUCCCCCCCUCAAUCAAAUAAGACUUUUCCGUCCCACAACGAAUCUAAAGAUUCUCCUCCCGAAAAUACAUGAAAUAGCUUCUGCUGAAGCAAAUUCCAUCCAGAAGGUUGCAUUUGAACCAGUCGGAAGUGCAUAG